AUGAGCCGCCGCCGUUGCUCGCCGGCGACGGCACCCCCGCUAGAAGACGAGGACCUUCUCCAGGAGAUCCUCCUGCGCCUUCCUCCUCAGCCAUCCUCCCUCCCUCGCGCGUCCACCGUAUGCAAGCGCUGGCUCAACAUUCUCUCUGACCCACAAUUCGUCCAACGCUUCCGCAAACACCAUGGGAAACCCCCACUCAUCGGCUUCUUCAGCCAAAGAUAUGACGUAUUCUGUGACUUCAAACCCGUCCUGGAACUGCCUGACCGCAUACAUGCCCAUCGUUUCUCCAUGCCCAAGAGCCGCAGCUCAAUGGAGCAGUGGCGCUUCAUGGGCUGCCGCAACGGGCUCACUGCCCUGAUCAACGAGUGUCGGCGCGAGGCCGUCGUGUGGGAUCCUCUCACCGGCCGGCAACAUCACGUGCCUUUUCAACCGGGACUCCAAAAUGCCCUAACGGGUAGCUUCUGUGUAUGGCAUGCCUCGGUGCUGUGCGCUGAUGCCGAACAUGGGCACGGGCAUGGCGAUUGCAUCUUGGGCCCGUUUAAAUUGGUCUUGAUCUGCAACGGAUACAAGCAGGCAUUUGGUUCUAUCUAUGACUCGUCGUCUGGUUCUUGGGGAAAUAUUUUCUCGACGGCGAUAGCAAAUGAAAUUUAUGCCAGAAGGGGCAACAUCCUUGUUGGAAAUGUGCUUUGCUGGUUGAUUUGUGGAGGUGAUGUCCUUGUGUUUGACAUCAAAACGCAGAGUCUUGGUGUGAUCGAGAAGCCGGCAGACAACCAUGUUACCAUUGACUUGUUUUUUCAGCUCUUGCGCAUGGAGAAAGGUGGACUAGGCCUUGCUGUUUUGUCUGAACAGAUCAUCCAAUUAUGGGAGAGGAAACCUAACUGUGACGGUGUUGUCGGAUGGGUGUUGCUGCAGAAAGCCAUUCCUUUGAAGGGGUUGCUUCCAAGCAGAAAGCCUUUGGUACUUAUCGUGGGGUAUGAUGAGGACACAAAUGCGACUGUUCUGUCUACGGGGAUUGGCAACUUCAUGCUCCAACUUGACUCAGUGCAGAUCAAACAUAUCAUUAAAAGAAAUAACAUGUGCAUCGACAUGUUUUAUCCCUACCAUAAUUUCUACACUGCAGGCAGGGGAGUUGGGUGGAAAUGGGUGGAGCUGGAUCUUUGA